CUCGAAGUCCCUCUGUCAGUCUCUUUCUUUCUUUGCCCUCCACUUUUGUUGGCUCGCCUGAGCGAGCGGAGAAACGAAGAGUCGCUCCGUUAGGAGCGAGACGAGCCGGAGUCGCGCUAGCUACGGAAGGGGGUUGAAAACUUCAGAACAAAUGUUGGAAGAUGUUGGCUGUGGAUACAGGGAUUGUAGAAGAAUGGCUAUCAGAAUUCAAGACAGCACCAGAAGCAUCCAUACCAAACUAUGCUAAAAAUCUGAAAAACAAGAGUUCUCUGGUUUCAUCUUUGUACAAAGUUAUUCAGGAUCCACAGAGUGAGUUGCUGGAGCCAGUCUGUCAUCAGCUGUUUGAGUUCUAUCGUAGUGCUGAGGAACUGCUUCUACAAUUCACACUGCAGUUUCUUCCAGAAUUGAUAUGGUGCUAUCUCGCUGUUUCUGCAAGUAAAGAUCUACAAAGCAGUGGCUGCAUCGAAGCACUUCUCCUAGGAAUUUACAAUUUGGAAAUAGUUGACAGACAGGGGCACAGUAGGGUGUUAAGUUUUACAAUUCCAUCCUUAUCUAAACCUUCAGUAUAUCAUGAACCUUCCAGUAUUGGCUCAAUGGCUCUGACUGAGGGUGCUUUAUCUCAACAUGGCUUAUCCAAGGUUGUUUAUAGUGGAUCUCAUUUGCAGAGAGAGAUGCUGACAGCACAAAACAGGUUUGAAGUACUGACAUUCCUUUUGUUGCGAUACAAUGCUGCCUUAAGCUAUAUGCCUGCAGUUUCUCUUCAGUCAUUAUGUCAGAUCUGCUCAAGGAUCUGUGUUUGUGGGUAUCCUCGGCAGCAAGUGAGGAAAUACAAAGGCAUGAAUAACAGGAUUCCAAUUUCUUCUGAAUUCAUGGUGCAAAUGCUAACUGGAAUUUAUUAUGCUUUUUAUAAUGGAGAAUGGGACCUGGCUCGAAAAGCAAUGGAUGACAUUUUAUACAGAGCACAACUGGAGCUAUAUCCAGAACCGCUAUUGGUUGCUAAUGCAAUAAAAGCUUCAUUGCCUCAAGGUGCCAUAAAAUCUAAUAAAGAAGGAACAAAAUGCAUUCAGGUUGAAAUUACACCUACCGCAUCUAGAAUAUCAAGAAAUGCAGUGACUAGUAUGUCAAUUCGAGGACAUAGAUGGAAAAGGCAUGGUAAUGAACUGGGAAUUCCAGAAGAAGAAUUAAUAGAAGUAUCUGAAGUUGAUGAAGGUUUUUACUCUAGGGCUACUUCUGCCACAAGUCAUUCUGCUUUAUCGAACAGCAGCAGCACUAGUAACAAGCCUCUGACAGGCAAGAGUCAGCGAAGGUCUGGAGGAAGCAAAGUUGGAGUGAAAGAAAAAGAAGCUGUUGGUGAAUCCUACAAAGAACACUUGUCUCGUAAACAAAGCCAGAGGGCAAUGAGUGAGAAUCUAGAGCUUCUGUCUCUAAAGAGACUGACCCUGACUAGCAGCCAGUCCCUUCCUAAGCCAGGCAGCCAUAGUUUGGCCAGAACUAGCACAACUCUUUUUAGUAAAUCCUUCGAACAAGUCAGUGGUGGUGUGGUCCCAAAUAACCAUAGCGGUACAGAAGCAAACAGGUUUUCUGUAUGUAGCUUGCAAGAGGAGAACUUGAUUUUUGGAGCUGAAAGGACAGAACUUCCUGUUCCAAGCAAGCAGCCAAAUCAGCAGCGACCACCUAGUAUCAGCAUAACACUGUCAACAGAUUAACAGAACCUCAUUAAUUUCUCAGUAUAUAAAAAAGGAUUAAGUUGAUUUUACUACAAUUUAUUAUGACCUUUUCUAAAUAUUUCUCUUCAUUUAUCUAGAAAGAUUUCCGUUGGUUGAAAGCUGUGUCUAAACUGCCAAGGUUUAAGAAUUGCAGUAAGUUUAAACAGAAUAGGGUGAGGACUUGGUUGCCUUCAUAUUUUAAGGGUGGGGUUUUUUUUGGCAUACUUCGUCAGUACUAAUUGCUAACAGACAUUUCAAAACCUUUGUACAUUUAAGAUGACCAGGUUGUGUUAACGUGUUUUGUAGGAUACACCAGCCCUGAUUUUAUAAAAGUUCUAUAAAUACUUCAUAGUAAUGAUGUUACUGUAAUACAGGAGUCUAUAGGACUCCUUACUCAAGGAAUGAAAUUCAUAAUAAUGUUACAAUUAGGCUUGUACCAGAGAGCUCAUACAUGACAGACUAAUGCUGAGGAUAGACCAAUGCCAUCUUUAAUAUGGAUUGCAUUGCUUGUGCAGACUUUAGCCAUAUGUUUUGAGGAAGAUCUUAUCAUUGGCACAAUUAAUGUGUCAUAUCCAUGUACGUAGUACAUGUUUUCCUUUUUUGCUUUCACUAAACUAGAAAGGGUUCUUUAUGUUUAUUUUUAAGCAGUUUAAGGUCAAAUCAGGGUGGGCGUUAGAUAAAAAUGAUUUUUGCACAGACAAACUAAAUAUGCUGGGUUGGUUUCAUUGAGUCACAGUAUUCUUGCUACAAGAAUUCAGAUAUAAUAUUGAAUUGUAUGGUUGCCUAUAGAGCAUUUUUUUAAAUGUAGAGGAAGAAAUUAGGCUCUGUCACCUUUUAGUUACUAGCCUUAUAUUGAUCAGUAUAUAUAUAUAACAGGUGAACAUUGUGUUCACAUGUUGGGUUUCAGAUUUGCAUGGGAGCUUAUCCAUUUUACCCUCAAUUUCUAUAAGCCCCAUCUGUGAUCUGUACACACUUACAGUGAUGUCACACAAAUUAAUUGUGUGUUGCAUUAGACUCUAUGCACCUAGGCCCCUAUGUAAACAUGAGAUCAAACACACAUGGGGUAGAGCAUCAUAUUCUUGAUCCCACAUUGUACACUUAUUUCAAACACUAGUAUAGGGCUACUGAUCACACAGUGUCAGUGCUCACAAUAUAGGUAAAUUUCCUGUAAGUAGCAAAUUCAGUUUUUGAGCCUAUCAACACAGCAAAGAGCCAAUACAAGAAACAAAGUUUAUUUUUAGAAUAAUUAUAUGUUGCCUUUCCAUAGCAUAAAUGCCCAUGACUGCUUAGAGCAGUAACAAAAGGCAUUAUAGUACAAUUUAAAGUAUUUAAAAAAUUAAGCUUUUAAACCAACACUUUAAAACCAGGGUUAAAAUUCUAAUUGCAAGGCCUUAUCAAUAAAAGUGUCUUCAACUGAAAUAAUAUAGCAGUGUGUCUGCUUUCCCCCCAUCCUGGUAAUGAUGGUGGUUUUCCAACUAAACCACCUCAUAUUACAAGCUCACAUUAAUCUGCAUUCUCUUGAAGCCGUGUUUACAAUAACUACGUAGAGAUGUAGUCAAGAAUGUGUUUUGUUGGCUUUAAGUUUAAAGCCGUCAACUGAAAACUUUGAGAAUAUAACAGCAAUUUAGCAGGUAAAAAUCCUACACCGUGUGUAUUAAAAAUUCUACCUAGGAUUCCAAGGGAUCUCCUUAUGUGGAUUUCCAGAGAGUAUGUUCUCUAACCAAAACUAGUAGCUGUUCUCUAAUAGUGUUUGUGUGAAAUAGAAACUUUUCUGAAAAUAUCUGAAAAUGAUCAGAGGCUAAAAUUUUAAUAUCUAUUUGUUUAAUCGCUGAUAUCAUUUAUUUACUACUUUAAAAAUAUUAAAUGUGCUCUAACAAACUAAAGCACUGACAAUUUUCUACAUUUUUAGAUAUUAUACAGGCGUUCUAUAGGGAGAGAAUAACAAUAUAUAGAAAUAUACAGCCAUGGCAAAUUAAAGAGAUUUAAACGUCCUAUAGUUAAAUCAUCAAAAAUGCCAUGAGAAACACAGUGAGCUAUAGAUAUUUUUGUGUCAAUAAACACAUUAAAUGUUCUCUUCAUACUCUGAUAAUUUUAUUUUGUAUGCAGCAAUAAACAUUAGAACUCUGUGUAUCUGCAUAAGUUUAAACUAGGCUUGCCACUUGGAAGUAAUUUCGCAAUAGGAUGUAUGUAAUUUUGUCAUUUAGGUAUACAUCCUGAUUGUAAAAAGGGGCUCUGUACAUAUUAAAAGAGUAAAAAAAUCACAUAUGCAUCAGUCCUCUUAAUACAAACAGUGUGGCAGAUGGACCCAACCCAUUUUGAUCAAAAAUGGCUUUUCAUUGGGAUAAAUUUUAGUAAUUCAUAAGUGUGGUCUAAGCCCUGCUAAGUGUCAGGAGUAUAAUCCUACCUAUAUAGGAUAUUGAUUUUGUAUAGUAUACAGUUCUCAUAAACUUGAUUCCACUAAAACCUAACCUUUAUGUAUUAAAUGAGUAUUCAAAUUUCCCAAUAUAUAAAGUUUGAUUAAUACAGAGAAUUUGGGGUGUUUGAAUUUUUAGCAUUAUGCCAGCUUUUUAAAAAGGCCUGCUGUGGUCCUGAUCAUGGGGAAAAGAUUUGGGAUUUUAAACUUCUGAAGCAUACGUACUGAGUCUCCAGCAUAGGUAAGAGUUUCCUCUUGAGUAUUGUGCUGCACAUUCUCACAGUUUUACAGUUUAAUGCAGAAUUCCAAAUGAGGUCAUAAAGUCUUAGCUCUAGAAUGUAAUAGCUAACUUUGAUUUGGUAAGUUCAGGUUGGGUAGCCAUGUUGGUCUGAAGCAGCAGAACAAAGGUUGAGUCAGGUGGCACCUUGUAAGACCAAUAAAGUUUUAUUCUGGGUAUAAAUGGUCAUUAUAGACUUCAACUGACAAUUUGGUUUGAAAAUGGCUAAAUAAUACUGGUUAUGUGAACAUUGCUUUUAAAAUGUUUUGGAGGGAAUGAUGAUGCUGUGGUUGGGUGUAGUCUUCUAUUAAGUUACAAAACUGCAACAUUUUGUUUUGUAUUUUUAACUGUAGGUGGUUUGUUCAGUGACUUAUUACAUUUGUGUGAUCCAGUUGAAUUAAGUGGAAUUAAUCAGUGUAAGUGGCCAGUGAUUUGUGACAUUAGGGAAAUAAGAUAAAUAUAGUGUGAAUGUUUUUAUUAGACUUUGCUGUGGUGAUAAAUGGGGUUUUAUAAAAAAAUUACUGAAUGUUUGGAGACUACAAUUUUGGAAGAAUGCUGAAAUACUGCAAUCUUGUAUUGAUAACAUUGCAGUUUUGACUGAAACAAUUUAUGAAUGUAUCUCUAUGUAAUGGACACACUUUGCUUUCCCAUGUUUUGGUUUUAAAAUGGUCUCGGCUUAUUUGUAUUACUUGGUACUAUAGCCUUUUGUAUUUUGUAUAGUUUCAUUUCUGAAUAUUGAAGACUGAAACAGGCUAGAUAGGUAUUUUUAGUAAUCUCAGAGAAGACCCAACAACAGUUGAUACUUUUUUCCUUAACAAUAUGAGAGUUCAAACGAGUGUACUACUUUCUCUCUUGUAUUGUAGUUGUGAAUACUUAUUUUCUGUUUUUGUAACAAAAUGCUUGUUUUGUAGACUUCAAUAAAUGAAUUGUUUACCUAGAGUUCACAUUUCUAAAAUCAGAAGUCAGCAUCAUUUGUAACCGAUACUCCUCUAGAACAAACUAGAGCCUUGGAUUUUGAGUUAUAUCCUGCAACCUAAAUUUUGUUAUAAUUUUUGUAGAUGACAGACUUGAGGCUGAGAGAGAGUAGUUUGCCUGAGGUCACAAGUAGUAUGUGGCUGCAGGCGAGAACUGACCCAUUCAUAGCUAGUAUGGUACUCUUUAUUCAAUGUUACGAAUAAAUUUGUUAAAAGAUGCAGAUUUACUGUUCGCUGGUGCUAUUACUUCUGUACUAUUAUUUUCUGACUUGUGACAACUUUUACUGUAUUUUUUUUUUGCUUUCUCAAAAAGGGUGCCGUUUACUUGGAUG